AUGAGGAGCGGAGACUUGGGGGAAGGCGUGCAGAGCCGCGGUUCCAGCCUCGGGUGCCAGGGCGCGCGGGGCUUGGAGUUCCUGCCGGAGGAGGAAGCGUGCGCAUCUGCUUCCCGUUCCAAAGAUGGGGUUUCUUCUCCCGGAGAGGCGUCCUCGCGGGUCGAGUCAGUGCCGGCUGCCGUGCCUGCCGCCCCGGGGCGAGGGUCCAGCCUUCACCCUCGAGUGCCCACGGAGCCGAGUCCCCGAGGCCGUGGCGCCCGCAACCGCCUUCCCGCCCCCGGCCUCCGGAGCAGCAUCUCCACGCUUGCCGCCGCGGCCCCGUCUCGUCUCCACCUUCGACCCAGCCCAAUAUAA